UGCGUCACGUCCGGCGCGCGGCGAUGGCGGGGAGCGCUCGGGCGGCGCGAUGGAGGGAGCGCGGUCGGGCAGCGGCACCGCGCACGUCAGCUUCGUGUGCCAGCGCUGCUGCCAGCCGCUCAAGCUCGACACCUCCUUCAAAGUGCUUGACCGCCUCACUAUCCAGGAGCUCACCGCUCCGCUGGUGACCGCCCCCCCUGCCAGGCCCGGGGACCUGCACGAAGAGGACAGCGCCCUGACGGAGGAAGCCUUCGCGGAGAACCGGCAGGAUGGCGUAUCCAGGAGGUUCAUCCCGCCCGCCAGAAUGAUGUCAACAGAAAGCGCCAACAGUUUCACCCUGAUCGGAGAGGCAUCGGAUGGUGGCACSAUGGAAAACCUCAGCCGGAGACUGAAGGUCACUGGCGACCUGUUUGACAUCAUGUCAGGGCAGACGGACGUGGAUCACCCACUGUGUGAGGAAUGCACGGACACUCUGCUGGACCAGCUGGACACACAGCUCAACAUCACGGAGAACGAGUGCCAGAACUACAAGAGAUGUCUGGAGAUACUGGAACAAAUGAACGAGGAUGAUAAGGAGAAGCUGCAGACAGAGCUGAAAGAGCUGGCACUGGAGGAAGAGCAGCUGAUUCAGGAGCUGGAGGAUGUUGAGAAGAACCGCAAGAUUGUGGCUGAGGACUUUGAGAAAGUCAGGGCAGAGGCUGAGCGGCUGGAACAGGAGGAGGCUCAGUAUCAGAAGGAAUACUGUGAGUUCAAGAGGCAACAGCUGGAGCURGAUGAUGAGCUGAAAAGUGUGGACAACCAAAUGCGCUAUGCCCAGAUGCAGCUGGAUAAAUUAAAGAAAACCAACGUGUUCAACGCAACCUUUCACAUCUGGCACAGCGGGCAGUUUGGCACAAUAAAUAACUUCAGGCUUGGCCGUCUCCCCAGCGUUCCUGUGGAAUGGAACGAGAUCAACGCUGCCUGGGGGCAGACYGUGCUGCUGCUGCAUGCCCUGGCCAACAAAAUGGGCCUGACGUUUCAGAGAUAYCGUCUUGUCCCCUAUGGCAACCACUCGUAUCUGGAGUCCCUCACGGAUAAAUCCAAGGAGCUCCCCCUGUACUGCUCUGGAGGCUUGAGGUUCUUCUGGGACAAUAAAUUUGAUCAUGCCAUGGUGGCAUUCCUGGACUGUGUGCAGCAGUUUAAAGAGGAAGUGGAAAAAGGUGAAACACGGUUUUGUUUGCCUUACAGGAUGGACGUGGAGAAAGGAAAGAUUGAAGACACAGGUGGCAGUGGAGGCUCUUACUCAAUUAAAACACAAUUUAACUCUGAAGAGCAAUGGACAAAAGCACUAAAAUUUAUGUUAACUAACCUGAAAUGGGGCCUUGCCUGGGUCUCAUCCCAAUUCUAUAACAAGUAACUGGUCAGAACUUGGCCUGGCAGCUGUGGAGUGUCUGCGUUGUGUCAGAGAAAGGCAAAUUAAGAUGUCUUUUAAUAUUAACCAGUACAAAAUGUUUACGAUACCAAAAAAUCCACAAGACACUUUAUUUCAAAUACCAUUAUUACAUGUAGUUUAUAGAAAAGCAAUAUGCAAAGUUGUAUUGUUGAGUUGAACAGAAUAAAACACAGUUAUUAAACGGAUGCUAAGCUGGUACUUU